AUGUUGUCAGGCUCUACAAACAUGGCGGCAACUCAAGCUACGAAUCCUUCACAAUUGCUCCCGUUGGAGCUUGUGGACAAGUGCAUCGGUUCCCGCAUCCACAUUGUCAUGAAGACGGAUAAAGAAAUUGUCGGAACUCUUUUGGGCUUCGACGACUUUGUCAAUAUGGUCCUCGAGGACGUGACAGAGUUUGAAAUAACACCAGAAGGUCGAAGGAUAACCAAACUAGACCAGAUUCUACUCAACGGCAACAACAUUACAAUGCUUAUUCCAGGUGGAGAAGGUCCAGAAGUUUAG